AAAAACACUCAUAUAAUUGAAUUAACUCGAUAAUGCUAUCUAGAAAUAUCCGAUGCACAUGUGGUUGCCAAUCGUCUUUGUCUCUCCAAAAACGCAGAGUACCAACAAAGUCCACGUUCAUCCACUACAACCACCCACAUUCACACACACAAACAAACACACACGCACAACACAAUAAGAAAUGGGCAUAGUCGAAGAAGCUCACAACGUGAAGGUGUUGGGCUCCGGCAACCAGACGGUGAUUCUGGCCCAUGGGUUCGGCACCGACCAGUCGGUGUGGAAGCACCUCGUCCCCCACCUCGUCGACGACCACCGCGUCGUCGUCUUCGACAACAUGGGCGCCGGAACCACCAACCCCGAGUACUUCGACUUCGACCGCUACUCCUCCCUCCAAGGCUACGCCUAUGACAUUCUCGCCCUCCUCGAAGAGCUCCAGGUCGAUUCCUGCAUUUUCGUCGGCCACUCCGUCUCCGCCCUCAUUGGCGCCAUCGCCUCCAUCACCCGCCCCGAUCUCUUCACCAAGAUCAUCAUGCUCGGUGCUUCUCCCAGGUAUUUGAAUGACGUUGAUUACUACGGAGGAUUUGAGCAAGAAGAUCUGAACCAGCUCUUCGAAGCAAUGCGAUCGAAUUACAAGGCGUGGUGUUCGGGAUUCGCGCCGCUGGCGGUGGGCGGCGACAUGGACUCGGUGGCGGUGCAGGAGUUCAGCCGGACAUUGUUCAAUAUGAGACCGGACAUAGCCCUCAGCGUGGCCCAAACCAUCUUCCAGAGCGACCUGAGACACUUGCUGUGCCACGUGACAGUCCCGUGCCACAUCAUACAGAGCAUGAAGGACUUGGCCGUGCCGGUGGUGGUUUCCGAGUACCUCCACCAGAUGCUAGGCGGCGAGUCGGUGGUGGAGGUCAUGUCGACGGACGGUCACCUGCCGCAGUUGAGCUCGCCGGACGUGGUGGUUCCGGUGCUGUUGAAGCACAUCCGGUUUGAUAUUGAGGUUUGAUGAGAGAGAUUGUUUGGUUUGGGGAAUUAUUAAAUGUAAAUGUGAUUUGGGAAUUGUUAAUUAUAGAGUAUUACUCUAUGUAGUUUAGGAGUGUUUGGAAAAGUGGUUAAGUUAUGGAUCAAUAAGAAUAACGGAAAGGUGGUCUCAACUUUGUCUUGUGUGGAGUUUCGUGCGGCCUUUGCUUUGAUUGUGCUCUGCCCACCAUGGUAAAUGACAAAAGGAAUCAAUGCCAACUCGCUCUUUCUAUAGAGUCCAAGUUAAGUAUCAAUUUUUUUAUUUUUAUUUUCAUUUUUAACAAUAAACUUUUAUUUUUGACAAAAUCAGUCCAAUCAUUGAGGGGAAUAAGAUAAAAGGGAAAUUAUUGGGUA